AUGACGAUACUAUGGAUUGUCCUGGAAGGCGCCCUAAUCGGCGCCUUGGGUGUCAAGGCCACCUCAGAAAGUUCCACUCCUUACCAAGCUGCGCUGGACAUUGAACACGACGGUUUCGAGAGUCAUGCAUCACUCAGUGCUGCACAUCUGGACAUCCUCGACCCCAUGUUGGAAGUUCUGAGCACGAUGCAGGAAGAGUACUUUGCCCCAUGGUUAGGAACGUGGCCAGAAGCAAUCGACUGGACCGCCGCCGUGAUGGGCACGCACGUCUCCGGCGCUCUCAGCUCUAUAUCCCGCGCCCUCGACCUUCUCCCAGUCUCAGGACAGGCUGGCGACCGAAACAAAGAAAACCUCGUCACCCUCUUUUUCUCGCAGAUUCUGGGCUACUAUUUCGGGCAGGAUCACUUCGCCAUUAGGAACGAGGCGUACGAUGACAUCCUUUGGGUCGUCCUCGGCUGGCUCGAAACGAUCCAAUUCAUCGACCUGCACACAACGCUCAACUUCCAGGACGUCGUCGAUGCUCCAGGCUUUGCAAAGUGGCACGGUAAUAUAUGGACACCCGCAUUCUCCCAUCGAGCACGGAUAUUCUGGAAUCUCGCCAAGGCUGGCUGGGACUGGGAUCUCUGCGGCGGAGGUAUGACUUGGAACCCCAGGCUGGAACCGUACAAGAACGCCAUAACCAACGAGCUAUUCAUAUCGGCAUCGGCUUCCAUGUAUCUGUAUUUCCCUGGAGAUUGGAAUGACUCGCCCUUUUUCAACGGGUUGGACACCUCCAGCGACGAGCAUUUCACUAGGCCCCGCGGGGAUGAUGUCUUCAGGCCUCACGAUCCUAUCUUCCUCCAAUUCGCACAAGACGGGUAUCGAUGGCUCGAUGAGUCCGGCAUGAUGAAUGACCAAGAAGCUACGCCGAUGGCGAGCCACCGGAAGGUAGCAAGCUUCCGCCGUGGCAUGGCCUCGGCCGUGCCGGUGUAA